AUGAAUAACGAGCGUAACAGAAUCCAUAAAAAGAAAGAGACAAAUCUUAAGACAUUCACUGAAAUAGUUCUUAUUGUCUUGUUAGCUCAAAAAGGUUGGUCUUUUUAUAUUAAGAAGCCUCAUAAAAAAACAGAAGACACUUGUCAAUUUUUAUUAAUAUAUAAUGGAUUCAAAGAAUCAAGAAGUUUAUUCUUUCAAAAUAACCAAACAAUAUCUAGAGAAUCUAAGUCUAUAAUCACUAAAACUUUACUUGAUUGCUUAUUAAAAGAAAUACAAUAUAGUAAUUGUAGAUACCAUCUUGAAUUAAACAUCAAUACAACCAAAAAAUAUGGGAAAAAUUAUUUCCCUAAAAUAGACCAUAUUUUUAUUAUUGACUCUAGAAGAAGAAUUGAUAGUAAGAAAUUUCAAGUACUUUGUGAAGAACUUCAUUUGUUAAUUCAAGAAGAAUUAAAUAAAAGAACAAACUGUACAAAAUUUGACCAUAUUUUAUUUGAAGAAUUAAUAGAAAAACUAAAAAAUGAAAAUAUAAAAGAGAUUUGGAAAGAACUUAUUCAUUCAAUGAAUUAUUAA